AUGACUGCCCACGUUGGUCACGAAAUUAGCCAUAACUGGGUCGUUGGCAGAGUAUUGGGAAGUACACGAGAAUAUAAAGAAUUACCAUUAGAAGAUAAAGUGCGCUUGAUACAAGAUUCAGAAAGAUCCCCCAAACCAACAGUGAAAGAAUUAUCAGAAAAAUACCAAACAAAACUGCACACUGUUUAUAUGUUGACAUAUACACGUGAAUAUAAGGAAUUGCCAUUGGAAGAUAAAGUGCGAUUGAUACAAGAUUCUGAAAGCGCUCCAAGACCAUCAACUAAAGAGUUAUCCAUAAAAUAUAACACUAAGUUAAAAACAGUUUAUAGUAUUUUGACCUUGUUGACAACACGCAAUUAUAAAGAAUUACCAUUAGAUCAAAAAGUUAAAUUAAUUGAAAUGUCUGAACAAUACCCCAGACCAUCAAAUAAAGAACUGGCAGUCAUAUUCGAUUUAAAACCCAACACUGUUUACAAACUUCUUAAAAACAAGGCACAUUUCUUGGCGCAGUGGGCUCAUAGACAGAAGCAAAAAGAUUAG